CUGGACAUCACCAUGGUCAAGUUAGUAGUUGGACACGGAACAUGCUUGUAGAAUAGUCAGAAUUAUAGCAGCCUUAGUUAUCAAUGAAGCUCUGUUCUUUUCAAGCCAAUGCUUGGCUUCAUUUUUCAAUGUAAUUGGUAUUUUUCAAUCCGUCUUCAUAUAGUACAAGAUUGGUCAGAAACAUCGCAGCCGUAGCGACAAAGUCAAUCAUGCUCAAAAUGGAGUCUAGGAUUGUUGGGGGCAUCUAUCCAGAAAACCAGUAGAUAGGGGCCUUUUUAGAGAGAGGCUUGCUUGUUUGAGCAACAAUGGUACGAACUACGUAAGGAAGAGGACCGAAUUGGAAUUUACCUGAAGUGCAAAUGACAACACAAUGGUGCCACUAUUAGCUUAAUGUGAGACGGACCGCAUCUGAUCCGAAUAUACAUUUUUACAAAAUUUGGCCACGCAACGCAACCACCUCUAGGUCACGUGACCGAGCGCCACUCUUCUUUUUCUUCUUCUUUCUCUCUCAUUCCAAUCCCCACCGAAACCAAACACACGCUCUCUCUUCAUCUCUCUGCAACCUCCGCCGGAAGUUGAAUCGUCACCGCGACGCUACCGGUUUCAGGUUCUCUUUGUACAUGGCCAAAGUUAACAAGUUGCGUCGCAAAUAUGACUCUCAGUCUUUAAGGAGGACCCCGUAUGCGCUAAAGGCUUUUAAAGAUGUCCGUGCAAAAAGGAAAACUGACAAAGCAUCAAAGAAGAAAGAUUGGGAAGAUGUGACAUGUUCAGUGUGUAUGGAGUCUCCUCACAAUGCAGUCCUCCUGCUUUGUUCCUCUUAUGAUAAGGGUUGCCGCCCUUAUAUGUGUGCUACUGGCCAUCGCUAUUCCAACUGUCUUGAACAAUACCAAAAAGCAUACACAAAGGUAUCCUCUAUUCAUAAUUCGCAAGAAUGGGAUAGAUCAGUUGGGAACUUAGGUUUCAAUUCGAGUGAAGGAGAGUCCAGUGAGAAGGGGGAGAAACCGGAGCUUUUGUGCCCACUGUGUCGGGGGCAGGUUAAGGGUUGCACAGUGGUGGAACGGGCAAGGAAACAUCUCAAUGCCAAGAAGAGAAAUUGCCUGCAGGAUAAGUGCUCAUUCUCCGGCACUUAUAGGGAACUCAAGAAACAUGUUAAGUCAAAGCACCCUUUAGCACGGCCCCGGGCAGUGGAUCCUGUACUGCAAGAAAAAUGGAAGAAGCUCGAGCGUGAAAGAGAGAGGAGUGAUGUAAUUAGCACCAUAAUGUCGUCUACACCAGGGGCUGUGGUCCUUGGGGAUUAUGUGUUGGAGCCUAACCAUGGUGGCAUGUACAGUGAUUCUGAGGGUGAUUCUGACUCCGAGCUGGAUGACUACAUUGAUGAUUUGGGAUUCGGGCCAUUUGUUGGUCUGAGUGGUGGUCUUUUCUCACAGGGUAGGUUUCAGGUGGACUUUGACUCAUUGGAUGAUAAUGAUUUUUCACGUGCUGCGGCUUCUAUUCCUUCUGUUCCACCUCGUCGCAGUUUCCCGAGAAACCGAGUAAUAUUUGGUAGGGCGAUGCGGCAGCGUACAAACAGAGGAGAACGUGCACCUGGACGAUUUGUGUGAUAUAAGUUAUUUAAAUGGUGGGAAGUCUUGGUUCUGCUUUUACAUUAUGCAUCUUUUUUGUAUCCUUCUGAUUGCUGCACAUUGUUGUAAUGUUAUUCUUAGCAUUUUCAUUAUUUAUUGUCAACUGACGCUGUUGACUCCGACCUUUUCCUAUAUCAUGAGCGUUGCUUC